AUGGAUUUGAAAGUAAUUGGAAAUUACAUCGAGAAUGAUUUUUCGCGGCAGAUAAACUUGUUUUAUAUGGAAUGUCAUUCAUUCUCCAUCAUGUGGCAUUCUUAUGACAAUAUAGAAGCCAUACUAUUUACUGACGAUCGUAAUCAUGUAAAAAACGAUAUAAAAAAUUUUCUGAAUGUACUGGAUGGACUCCGUAAAGGAUGCAGUCAUUAUAGCUGUCAAUAUGCCUUUAAUAACAACAAAUGCCAAAUUUUGAAAGAAGAAGUAGAGAAUAUUUCCUUGUGUAACCAUCUUAGAGACUUUGAAUAUAUUCUGUGUAAUAUCCAUUCAGGGGAUAAAUAG